AUGGAUGCCAGGGAUGGGGAUGGCGAUGGCGCUCGCAGCGACGGUGAAGGCGAGGUAUGUCCAAUCUGUUCCAGCGCCAUCGCGGACGUCCGCACGGACUGCGGCCACUGGUUUUGCAGCCAGUGCUUGGGGAAAUGGGUGAAGAGGUCAUGCGCCACCGCCAGGGCUCGAUCGACUUGCCCGCUGUGCCGCCACGCGAUCAAGGCGUUCGAUUUCGAUGGCGGCAGGAGCGAUGGCGGCGAUGGCGAGCUCGAGGCGUCCCGGCAGCGAUUACGCGACUACCAGCAGGAAAUAUCCGAGUGUAAGCGCAAUGGCAGCGAUCCCCUCGACCCCGAGGACCCUGACGAUCCCGACGACGAUCCCGACGAUCACGACGACGACCCCGACGAUCCCGACGGCGAUCCGGCUGUUCCGGAGGAAGAGGAUUGCUGCCCGUGUCUGUUGAUCAUCAGCGUUCUCCUCCUCUGGCUGCUUUUGAUGGGAAUCGGAUGCUUGAGCUAG